GACCACCUUGUAUAAAUUCGCCUUGAUUACUACGAUUUUGAAAACGUAAUCAGCAAUACGUUGUAUAAAUUUAAGCAUUUCUCAACACUCUAACCGAUCAUUCACAAAUUGCCACAUUCACAAUAGUGUUAAAAAUUGUGAACAAAUUUUAGUAAAAAUUCCAAUUUGAAAAUGCCAGAAGUUUUUCUGGGUGCAAUUAGAAAAAUUAUCCGCGCUAAGAACUUAAUUUAUCGGGAAAAUUGUCACGUAUUCUCAUAUCUUUGAGCAUAAUGUGCAGAUUCAAUGUGUAGAGCAAUUAUUUAUCGCAAUGGAUCGUACAAUUAUCGCCGUACAGCGUGCGGAAGAACGAGAUCUCAGUGAAAAAUUGUACAAGAAGCUACGCGGGUUGGGCCUAUUGCAACCGCCUACAGAUGAUCUACGAAAAUGUUUGAGCGAAGAAAUGUUUAUAAAACCCAAUCCUCAGGCGUUUUUUCACGUUAUGCACUAUCUUUUUUGUUUGCUGGAUGCGGUCGAGUUCAAAAAACGCUUCUAUUGGCCCAUAACAGAUAAACGUUCCGAGGCAAGUUUCCGAACAAGCACUGUGGAAUACUUGAAAUAUUUGAAUGAGAAACAUAAACUGCAUUGGGGUGACAUCAAGUCGUACUUAGUUGUCAUGCCGGGUGGUAAAAAGUUUAUAAUAUUUUUAUUGGAUUUUGUAACAUUUGUGGUCCAGGAGCAGAUCGGCCAUCGAGAGAAAUUAUUAGGUGCAGAGGUUGAAGCAGGACAUGUCGCUGACCUAAAUUUAAAGCGCAUGCGAAAACAAAAUGCAUUCUUCAAACAUUAUGCUUCAGCUUAUAUCAGUAAUGUGGAUGAGCUAAUAGUGCAAUUACGUGACAAAACCCAGCAAUUAAAUAAUAUAUUGGAUACGUUGGCUCAAGAAACAGGCAAAAGCAAAGCACAAUUAUGCAAUGAGCAAUUUAUAGUGUUGUAUGAGAAAUCGAAUAAGGAAUUAUUUCAAGAUACGUUCGCCAAAGAUUCUGACAUGGUUCGCAAAUUAGAACAACCACUCGUGGGUUUGAAGCAGCUCAUGGAGAAAUUUCAACUGAGAGAAGCGGAAAUGAAAUUCGAUAAAAGUCGUGUGCGACAGGCAAUACAGAAAAUUGGUGAUGCAACUAAUGCUGAAAACUUAGAAACAUUUCUGCAUCCCAGUGCAAAAUCCAUGGACGAUGUCAAAUUGUAUGAACUCAUCGUUACAUUUAAUAUAAUUCAACCAGACUUAGAAAAUGCUUUCAAUGAAGUAGAGCAGUCAAGAAGUUGUGGCGAACUAGUUACAUCAGAGUUAUCUACACUAAAAUAUGAAUACCAACAAUUAGAAAAACAAAUCACAAGUUUUCAACUGUUUUUAAAUUCACAGAUGAAAAAACAUUGUAAUCCGCGAAAACCGACUCCAGGAGAGUCGACCGACGAUUGCACUUCUUUAAUGAUGAAGUAUGUUUGCACACCCCCAAUAAAAUUGGAAACGCAAAAUGGUGCUCGUAUGGAUAGUAUGCGCUUACCACUUUUCGCCGAUGUACAAGUGAAAUUUAUGUCAGACUCAUUUUACGGAAAUGUUUCAGUUUUGCCGCGCUCCGCACGUAAACAAGCAGCUAAAAACACUUCCGUUGAAAUGAAUAAUACCUUGAACAAAUCACGCGUUAUCGAUUCAAUGCAUUUAUUGCGCACCAUUCAUACUGCACGUACUGCACGUGCACAACGCAAAACUUUAAAUAAUACUUCAUCAUCGACUGCUUUGUUGAGUACAAGUUGGCGAGAACGCCAAAACAUUUUUCACAAUGAUUUGGAAUCUGAACCAGUUCCAAUAGCCGAGAAAGCAAUGAAUACGAAUAAUAUUAGUGCCACCCUGAAUAAAAGCAUAGAUCGCACAACUGAUAUAGACACUAGUAAUGCGCAUAGGGGCCAGCAACGUUAUAGCACAUCACCCUACACCCCCUUUAAUUCCAAUGACCGAACUCGCAUUCCUCGUACACAGUUACUCGAAGCGAUAAGCAGUAGUAGUGGAAGUGGUGGCACAAAGGCAAAAGUCUUUUUCUCAAGACGACUUUCAGCGGUGCAGAAGGUCCAAGGUGAUUGUCUGAAUAUCGCCAAUAUGAGCACUAGUCCAUCAGGGCGGCUAGAUCCACUUGUACCGCCUGCAGUGGAAUGGAGCGAAACGCCAAAACUUAAAUUAAAUGACAUAACAAUGCAGGAAAAUGCAAUUUCCGUUAAUAAAUCCGAUGAACGUGUAACCGCUGUACAACUAGUGGAAUUGUCCACCAGAUGCGUAUUACUGACCGAGGACGAAGGAAACCCGGAGUUAAAUUGCGAAAAUAACCGAAAUUUUGUCAAUACUCAGGUGUGCGCACAAACGACCAAAUGUUCGAUACCUAUACAGAUAAUAAGCGAUGAUGAUGAUUUAUUCAAUAUAAGCGAUACUGUGCUAAAAGAUAUUACAAUGUAGUUGUUAAGUAUUCCACAUUCAUAUUCGAACACACACAUCCCAUAGUUUAUAACAUAUAUACACACAAACAUACAAACUUGCAUUUUAUUACAAUUUUGGAAGGUUUGGACUUUUUAUAUUUCGAGUCCACACUACAACUCGAG